CCGAUAAGUUUCAUUGGGGAUUUUUUUUCUUUCUUAUUUUUCUUUCAUUUGUCGUCCAAAACCCCUCUCCCCUCUCCCCCUCCCUCCCCUGAUUAUAAUCCAACACAUUCAUUCCUAACAGCCAUGUCCGCAAUCAAGGAGAAGCAGGCACCAAAGCCCUUGCCCUUCCAGUGGCAAUUCUUGGCUGGCGCUGUUGCGGGUGUUUCUGAAAUAUUGACCAUGUAUCCCCUUGACGUCGUCAAAACUCGCUUUCAACUUCAGGUUGGAACUGGAGGGGCUGACGGUUACAGCUCGAUUGGCGACUGUUUCAAGAAGAUUAUCAAGAACGAGGGCUUUGGUACGUUGUAUCGCGGUAUUAUCCCUCCUAUCAUGGUCGAGGCUCCUAAGCGCGCUACUAAAUUUGCAGCCAACGAGCAGUACACGAUUCUGUACAGGAACAUUCUUGGCCAGGAUGUCAACAAGCAAGCUUUGUCUAUCUUAACUGGUGUCAGUGCCGGUAUUACUGAGUCCUUCCUCGUCGUUCCCUUUGAGCUGGUCAAGAUCCGUCUCCAAGAUAAGGCUAAUGCUGGAAAGUACACUGGAUCGGUGGACGCCCUUACCAAGAUUGUGAGGCAGGAAGGACCAUUAGCACUCUACAAUGGUUUGGAAGCUACAGUCUGGCGUCAUGCUAUGUGGAAUGGUGGAUACUUCGGAUGCAUCCAAGGAGUCAGGAACGCUAUUCCCGAAGCUGAUACUUCCAAUGGCAACUUGGCCCGGAAUUUCAUUGCUGGAGCCAUUGGAGGAACUUUUGCCACUAUGUUAAAUACACCAUUUGAUGUUGUCAAGACCCGUAUCCAGAACCAGGCUAAGGGUACAGUUCACAAGUACAACUGGACUUUGCCAGGGGUUGCCAUUGUUUAUCGCGAAGAAGGAUUCCGUGCUCUGUACAAGGGAUUCGUACCAAAAGUUCUUCGUUUGGGACCUGGUGGUGGUAUUUUGUUGGUUGUUUUUGAUACCGUUUCAAAUCUCAUCCGCAAGCAUGUUCUUCUAGAGAAUGUCUGAGGUAUAUGAGUAUAUUUCAGGCUAUAAUAUUACAAGCAAGCGAGAGUGGGAGUCCUUCAUUUCAAUCAUAGACUGCAUCUAUUUCUUUGAAUAAUAUCUGAUGUAUAAAUUUUUUCUUCAUUGUGUGGC